UUUUCAUCGACUGCGCAAUCGCUCAAUAAUCGAAAUAAUCGAUUAAUUGAAGUCGAUUAUUUUUGUCGAUUAUCGCAAAAAAAUGCCCAAUCCUAGUUAGUGUCAUGUUUUCCCUCCAAAAUAUUUUCUCUCUCUGUCCAUUCUCUACAUACCACCAUGUGCAACGAAAACUGUUCUUGCUCUGUUGCUCUGUUCUUCUGUCAGUCUCAGUCAUUCGUGUGAAGUAGUGCAGUGCGUCGUCGUUCCUAGUGCGUGUCUCUAAUCUUUUGUAAGCUGUAAUUUUUUUCAAUCGCCGGAAUUUCUAAUCGCGUUCCGAAGUGAACAGUUCAAUGCUUAAAAUACUCUUGGACGAUACGGCAUGCAUCCCCACGAUACCAUUUUAAAAAAAAUUAAGGAUCAACGCGAAAAGCAUCAACAGCUAGUACACCUAAUCAACAACUUGCUGCAUACCGUGUUAUACGCACAGACUCUUGCGCUGGAAAUAAAAACGGAUAUAGAUGAUUUGUUGAUUCAGUUAAAUCGCUCACCCGAACCAGUAUUGUCUCCUACACCUGGCAAUCAGCAAACAUCUCUCGAUCGUCGCCCAUCGUCACCACCAACUCGUCAAUCACCACUUCCCAUUCUCCCACCACAUCGGAAGGAAUCGCCUGAUUUGUUCCACAUAACGCCGCCUUCGUUUUACAACCAUCCGUUAUCACCAUCUCCUCGUCAUCAUCAGCCAUCACCACUAGCAUCCCCGGAACAGAAGCGUUCCAAGCAGCAAUCACUAACUUCGUUUGAAGCAUCAAACUCACUGCGUAAUCCACAACAACAACAUCAGCAACAUAAUAGAAAGCGUGCGGAAACGCCUGCAAUUGGGAAGUGGCUAUCAAAAAAAAACAAUGGCAACAGGAAGAACAAAAAUUAGUGCCGUUUGGCGACAUUUUACAAAAAUAAAUAAGAGCACUGCACUCUGCAAUUUGUGCAGAAAAGACCUUAAAUUUUGUGGAAACACAACAAACUUGAAAAAUCAUCUUAAACUCAAACACAAAAUGAGGGAGUUCAUCGAUCAAACAAAGCAGAAACAUACUGACAAAGCAGAAACAUCGGAUCUUUCGUCCGAUGAGGAUGAGGACGAAUGUAACGUAACCAGAAAAUCAAAAGUGGAACUAGACACGAAAGAAAAUUACAACUUUGGACUGCGUCAGCAAACAGUAUCCGAGGCAUUCAAUAGACCGAUGUCUUUCGAAGCCGGCGGCGAAAAAUUUGAAAGUAUUACGAGCUCCGUUAUGUACAUGGUAACGAAGGAUGGACUUCCGUUGAAUACCGUCGAAAAGCGUGGAUUCAGAAGAUUGAUGCAAACGAUCUGCCCGUUGUACAAAGUCCCGGGUGAAACCAAAUUUACAUCUUUGUUGCACGACAAGGAACAGAAGAUGCGACAACUGAUGAGAAAAAAACUCCAAGCUCAGCCACACAUCUGCUUGACAACUGACAUCUGGACCGAGAUGAUGCAUAUGAAAAGUUAUUUGGGCGUCACAGGACAUUUUGUACAUGAGAACAAGAUCGAAUCUUGUAUGUUAGGAGUUGUGCUGUUUGAUGAUUCCAAAACCGGUGAGAACAUUGCUGACACCUUGAAACACAUCUGUGAUCAAUGGGAGAUAACCGAAAAUAAGGUUUUGAUGGUGGUAACCGAUCAAGGUGCUAACAUCAUGAAAGGAGUGAAGUUACUCUUUGGCAGUAAACGUCAUAUCCCAUGCUUUGGUCAUAUAAUAAAUCUGGUGGCCAGCAAGUCGGUUCCAAUAUACAAACAACCGUAUACUGCAAGACUGGAGCCAGUGAUUGAUGAGGAAGAAGAUGACAGCGAAUAUAUUGAUCCGGAUUCUGAUUCACAGUUCUACGAAGUCAUUAGUGUCAUCAAGAAAUUGAAAUUGAUCAUAAAGUUUUUCAAAUCCAGCGAAACCGCAUCCCGAAUGUUACGGGAACAGCAAAUGACAGAAGGAAGGAAAGAAGGCCAUCGUCUAGUUCUCAUGCUUGACGUUAGAACAAGAUGGAACUCAAUAUUGUCAAUGGUCGAGCGAUUUAUUUUAUUGACGAAUCACGUUUCUACAGUACUAUUGAGCUUGCCGAAGAGUCCACCAAUGCUGUCGGGACAGGAACUGGGUAUACUGAAAGAACUCAUCAAGGUACUCAAACCUCUGGAUAAGGUCACUGUUGAGAUGUCGGGUGAAAGCUAUUGUACUUUGAGUAAAGUCAUCCCUCUCGUCCGCCUGCUAAAAUUAGCAUACUCUUCUAUGGCACUGGAGACUCCGGAGAUCAUCGUUGUAAAAACCAGAAUUGUAAAAUCGAUCGAAUUUCAGUUCCGACACGUGGAAGACGUUGAGUUGAUGGCAGUCAGCACACUUCUCGAUCCGAGAUUCAAAAACAUACAUUUCGAGAGUGCAGCUGCAUCUGCCCAAGCUGUGAAGGUUGCAGGAAAAUUGCUGAGCGCUCAAAUUGGCGAAACCACAAAGAACGUCGAAGAUUCCAUCCGGCUGGAUAAUCCACCUGAUGCGGAAGACUUGUGGUCCAUUCAUGACAAUCUCGUGGCGAAGUCAUCAAAAACGUUUGUGGUAGAGACUGCUGGUGGGGUACCGAUAGAGUUGAAGCAAUACCUGAAUGCUCCAGUGGCCCCUCGAACGACCAAUCCCUUGGAAUUGUGGGAUAAGAUGAAAUCGCUCUAUCCAAAUCUUCAUAAAAUUGCGCUGCAGUUCCUUCCAAUGCUGGCAACAUCGGUUCCAUCGGAACGCCUAUUUUCGAAGGCUGGACAGUUGCUGACAAAAACUCGAAAUAAGCUUAGUGGUUCUAAUGUAGAUAUGCUUCUGUUUCUUCAAUCAUUGUCUGAGGAAACAUGGUUCUCUGACAAAUGCAAUACAGCAGAAUGACGAAAGAAAUGGAAAAUUUAACAUAUAAUGCAAUCGCGCUCAUUGACUCAAGAACCUGUUAAAUUGUUCAUUUAAUUCGCCGUUGCGGUGUAUAACGUUUGGCAGACAGUUAUUUUGUUUUUAAGAAUUAUAAUAUUGACAACAUGAUCAAUAAACAAUACAUAUUAAAUACACUUCAAGGAAGUUUUUCAAAAAGGCGUGAUUGAUUUUAACUAUUAAACAUUUGUGCGAACGCAAUAAAUAGUUUAAAGCUUGUCAGAAAGAAGCAUACCUGUCUAAACAAAUCAAAAGUGCCAAGAAUAGAAUAUGUCUCCCUCUAAAACUUUCUUUUUCCAUCUACCCACAAGGGCUGAUUUAAAUUUCUCAAAACCAAAAGUUCGUAUGAUCUUCUGAAUUCGAUCCUUACAGAUAAAUCUCGAAGUUUGAUCCCAAAUACAUUCACCCUCAUUCUUGUUUUCGGCGGAUCCAACUUACGA